CAUUGUCGGAAGAAACGAAAAAAGUCUUACUUCAACCACCAUUUCGACCUUCAACUGGAUAGAAACACGGCCAAGCAUCAGUCUUUGAACACCAGACCUCGACUGCCAUCCUCCCACUCCAUCACCCAACAUCACACCAUCGACCUCAAAACCACAACAACAAUGUCCCACCCUCCACACGGCCCCGGCGGCCCGUCCAAUUCCAGUCCCGGCACUCCCCCCGGCAGCGGCGGUCUCCCCUCCCCCUCCUUCCCGGCCCCCACCCAAUCAACACAACAAUCAACAACCGACCGUACAGCAACCGCCCACGCCGCCACCUCUCUCCUCUCCACCUUCCCGCCCUACGCCCAAACCGACGCCCGCAUCGCCCUGCUCUCCGCCGAACUCGACGCCCUCAAAGCCCGCCAGCGAAUCUGGAAACGACUCGCGCACGCCGCCGUUUUGUUCUCUUCCGACCACGAACUGCGCUAUUCGCUGUUAGACAAGUGCAACGAUUUGGCGGAGUGCAUGAAAGUGCACCCCCGACUGCGGGAGGAGGUGGGCAAGAUGAAUGAAGUGGAGUUGCAGUUGUUUAGUAUAAGUAGUACUGCGAAGCAGUUGGUGGGCGAUGUGGAGUGGGUUAGGGCGGAGGAUGUGAGGGGGUUCGUGGAGGGGGUUAGGACUCAGACGCAGGGGCAGGGGGAGGGGGGGCGGGUGCAGGUGCACGGGAAUGGGGAUGGGGGACAAGGAGGGCAAGGAGGGGGAGUGGUGCAGGUUAGGUUGGAUAGGGGGAGGGGGGAUGUCGGGAGGAGGUUGAAUUAUUUGAUGGUUACUAGUCAGACCCAAGGGACGCAGGGCGGGACACAAGCUGAAGGAGGAGGAGGGCAGGGAGGGCCGGGAGGGCAAGGAGGGCAGUUGAUGGGGCAGGGACAAGGUCAAGGCGGGCAAAGUGGACAAGGAGAAGUGAUGAUGGGAGAAGGAAGUUCAAGGAGGAGCUCAACAACAGCAGCCGCGAGAACAACGAGAGGGCAACCACAAACACAACCACAAAGUCAAGUACAAAGUUACAUCGCGGCUCAAGCAGUAGCGGCAGCAGGAGGACACCCACAGUCACAGCCACAACAAGAGGAAACAACAUGGAGCCCAGCAAACGCCAGUGCGGCAUCAAGUGCCGGGCGAGCAAGUCCAGGACCAAGUGAGGGUAGUUCAACAGGCCCAGGCCAUGGACCAAACCGAGCAAGAUGGUGGGACACAGUCAUCACGGACUCGGACACGGAUCAACGGAGGAGGUCAGAGAGCAGUAGGAAUGUACGAGGUCGUGAUGCUGGGUCGGAUUGCGAGAUGGAGAUAUAGUGUCACUUGUAAGAGUUGCUUUGGGUUUUGCGUUGUUGCAGGUUAUUCGCUUCUAUUCUUGUAUUGCGUAUUGUAUCUUAGCCCAUACUUGGUUCGCUGUUAAUGGGGUCUGCUUGGAGACGACGGGUCCCAUGUUGGAAAACAGAGAAGUGUGUUGCAAGUUUACACCCCACUAGCCCAGUUGUGUUCUUCGAUCAGGGUUUGAAGUUCGAUGUCCUCCUCCAAAGAGUCAUGUUCACUGGACGCUUCUUCGUCGG